AUGAGACGAAAAGGAUUUGAAGAAUUUGACGAAGCUCUCAAAUGUGAGGCAAGCGACGCAGCUACGCUGCAACCUCGAGGAAAUUAUUACUAUGCUGUGGCAAAUGGCCGAACUAUCGGCGUUUUUAGAGAUUGGAGGGCAGUAGAGAAGUCAACCAGCGGAUAUAAGGACGCUUGUCACCAGCGUUUCAAUACCGAGCGCGAGGCUAAAGAUUUCAUUGAAGACUGGAACGAUGCAUACGCUGAUAUAUGGCGAAGGGAGAUUAGAAAAGGGUUACACGGCGGAUGGAAGGCAAAGAGCCUCAGGUUAAAUCCGGCAUCGGCCUUGGUCAAGAUGGAAAACGAAGGAGAUACGGUUGAAAGCUUGGUUUCGAAUCUGAAGCGGCUAAAUAUGGAGGAGACCAAAGAGUAA